CUAGUAGAAGCUACAGUGGGUUUCAGAUCCGUACCAUUUCAAUGAAACUAAACCAUGGGAAGGAUGUAACGGAGUUCAUCACACAUACGACAAUCCAUCGGGCGGCAUCAUGACGUCACCAUUGUUCCAACAAUUACCCCAACAACGCCGACUGCAAAUGGCACUUCAAGCUCCUCUAGGAAAGGUCGUACAUCUAGAGUUUCUCAGCUUCAACGUGGAAUCCGACGAAUACGUGAAAAAUUGCAGCCACGAUGCUCUGUUCAUCUACGAUGGCUACUUUCCCUAUGGCGAUAUCUUAGGCCAGCUAUGUGGGCACAGCCUACCCGAAAACCAGAUCUCAAGCGGCAGAAAUAUGACUCUGCAUUUCGUCAGUGACUAUGGUUUAACAUACAGUGGGUUCAAGAUCCGAUACAGUUUUAAUGAUUCCGAAGCUAUUGCACUGGAAGGAUGUGAAGGGUUUACUCACAUCUACGACAACCCAUCGGGCGGCAACAUGACGUCACCAAUGUUUCCUAAGAAUUAUCCCAACAAUGCCGACUGCAAGUGGCUCUUCGUAGCGCCAGCUGGAAAGGUCGUGCACGUAGAGUUUCUCAGCUUCAACGUGGAGUUGUCUUCGGAUUGCAACUACGAUGCACUCGUGGUGUACGAUGGCGUCGAAGAGGAUGGCGUCUUGCUAGGACAACUAUGCGGCCACAGCUUACCCAUGAACCAGGUCUCCAGCAGCAGAAACAUGGCUAUGCAUUUUGUCAGCAGUUCCUACAUGUCUUAUAGUGGCUUCCAGAUCCGCUACAGUUUCAAUUAUUACGGAGGUCUAGCAUCCAAAAGUUCAAAGCCACAAGCAGCUAUCGUUUAG